AGGUCGAUUUCACGAUUUGAUUUCACUUUUAUUAAUUUGUCUUCUCUUUACAGAGCGCACUACCAGGAGGCCAUAGACAUCUACAAGCGCAUUCUCCUCGAAAACAGGGACUUCCUGGCGUUGAACGUGUACGUGGCCCUGUGCUACUACAAGCUCGACUACUACGAUGUAUCGCAGGAGGUUCUGGCGGUGUACCUGCAGAACUUCCCGGACAGUGCAACCGCGAUCAAUCUGAAGGCAUGCAACCAUUUUCGCCUUUACAACGAAAAGGCGGCUGAGGCGGAGCUGAAGAGCUUGCGAGAACGUGCGUCGCCGAUCUUCACGUACGCCCAAGACCUCAUCAAGCACAACCUGGUUGUUUUCCGAGGCGGCGAGGGCGCGCUUCAGGUGCUGCCCGGUCUGGUGGGGGCCAUUCCCGAGGCACGUCUCAACCUCGUCAUCUACUACCUCAAGCAGGACAGCAUCCAGGAGGCGCACAACCUGAUCAAGGACCUGGAACCCACGGUGCCGCACGAGUACAUCCUCAAGGGGGUCGUCAACGCAGCCAUCGGACAGGCGCAGGGAUCGCGGGAGCACUUGAAGAUAGCGCAGCAGUUCUUCCAGCUUGUCGGAGGAUCGGCCAGCGAAUACGACACUAUACCUGGUCGUCAGUGCAUGGCGUCCUGCUAAUUCCUGCUCAAGCAGUUCGACGACUUCCUGCUCUACCUGAACUCCAUCAAGAGUUACUUCUACAACGACGACACAUUCAACUUCAACUAUGCCCAGGCAAAGGCCGCUACGCGAAAUUUCAAGGAGGCCGAAGAGGUGUUCCUGAUGAUUCAGAGCGACAAGAUAAAGUCGAGCUACAUCUACCAGAGCUGGCUGACCCGAUGCUACAUCAUGAACGGCAAGCCCCAGCAGGCGUGGGAACUCUACCAGAGCAUGGACACUUCGAGCGAGUCCUUUAGUCUGCUCCAACUGCUGGCCAAUGACUGCUACAAA